UGACAUUCUAUCGAUAGGGCAAUUUUAACGUAAUAAAAUUCUAACAAAAAGGCGUACGACGAUGGCUGCUUGCAGGUGAUGUUUAAGAAGACCAAACUUCUGUCAGAACAAAGAAAAAGAUAUGAACAACUCAACAACGAUAUCAUCAUUGUUUCUUAGUGAAGAAAAUGUAUCGGUAUCGGCCACCAUAAGUUUUCCUGUUAUUGUGGUGGCCUGCGCAGCAGCUGGGUUAUGCAGCCUUUUGACUGUAUUCGGAAACUUUUUCGUCAUUUUGGCGUUCAUUACCAACAGAAGCCUUCGGAAUUUCAGCAAUUAUUUGAUUUUAAACCUUGCCAUCAGUGAUAUUAUAAUCGGUAUGUUUUCAAUGAACAUUUACAUCGUUUAUAACGUCAACUCCACAUGGACUCUUGGUAAAGGGAUGUGUAAUGCAUGGCUGGCAGUUGACUAUGUUGUUAGCAAUACAUCAGUAAUGAACCUCUUGAUGAUUUGCAUAGAUCGGUAUAUGGCGAUUACUUCUCCAGUUAAAUACCGACGAAGAUGCACUCCGAAAAUGGCGGCCUUUGUUAUUUGCAUCGCAUGGACUAUUUCAAUCUUGCUUUGGGCUCCAGCAAUUUUACUGUGGGAGGCGAUUGCCCCUCCCACCGACAAUGAUCCGUUCAGUCGUGGAGUCUGUACUAUCCCAUUCAUGGAUUCCAGUGCUCCGUUAACGUUAAUUACAGCUUUUGGUGCUUUUUAUUUCCCAGCAAUGGCGAUGUGUGCAUUGUAUUGGAGAGUUAUUGUUAAAAUUGAACGUAGGACAUCGGGUGUCUCUUCCAUGAUAAGUCGAGCUACGUCUGCAAUGGAAAGUCGAUACACGUCACAAUGGUCAGGUAAAAAAAGCAAACUGGGCACCGAUAAAACUGGAGAACAUGUUGAGCAAAUUGGACAAGCAGUGGACGAAAACAAUGACAAAUCACAGCAAGCAAAUGCACAAACUCGUAGCAAAGACAUGGCUGCAUUAUUACGUGAUGCCAGCUUGAAAUACAACCAAAAGCAUGAAACGAAAUCUUCUAAUAGAGAUUCUGCUUACGACAAAAAUUCGAUGACGCAUUUGCUGAAAAAAGAAGACACCAAAAGUACGUCGAACGCUGAAAUUAGCGAGACUCCGCAUUCUGUUACAAGAUCGGAAGAAGAAAGUUUCAAGAACGACGAAAAGAAUCGAGAAAUAGCUAGUCCCGUAAUUCCAUCCACCAGAGAAACAACAAAGCACAAAAGACGAUCGCCCUAUAAAAAACACUCUUCAAAUCUUUCCCUAAUACACAGAAAUAACGCGAGUAGACUUAACCGUGAAAAGCGCGCCACAACUUUACUCAAAAGCAUUCUUAUUUGCUUCAUCACACUAUGGCUCCCGUACAAUGUCAUCGUGGUCUUGAGCGCACUCUGUGGUAAAAAAUGCGUAAUUACUGACGUCAUGUGGAUUUUGAGUUACUGGCUCUGUUAUUUGAAUAGCACUGUUAAUCCUUUUUGCUACGGAUACUGCAACGAAAAUUUUCAAAGAACUUUCAAAGCUCUCUUAACCACCAAGUGGUGGACAAAGAAAGGUCGUAGAAAGAUGAGAUGCCAAUUGAGUGGUAGAAAUAGUUUUAGAAAUGUGUGAUUUUCUUUCAAUAUACAUUUACACAUAAUUUCUUUUUCUUACUUCUUGUUCGAAAUGAAUUAAAAUAUUUUGUUUAUUGA